UAGACGCGUAUGUACCGCGUCGAUAUAUCUACAUGCUUCCACUACACCAAAAGAUAUAGUGAGGAUUACGGUGGCGUCCACCUACGCCUGUUAUGUUACAAGUUUCUCUAACACUUGCGAAGAACCGUCAAGCUUUCCCAAUUGCGUUUCGAUUUUUUGAACCAACUGGUAAAUUUCCCUUAAAGUACAGUUUUGUCUUUUAGCACUAGAUUCAGUCAAAAUGGGAGGCGGUGAUUUGAAUAUGAAAAAGAGCUGGCAUCCUCUGCUCAUGAGGAACCAGGAAAAAGUAUGGAAAGAUGAGCAAAUGCACAAAGAAGAACAAAAACGCGUUGAGCAAUUGCGGCGCGAAAUUGAAGAAGAAAGACAGUUGCUUGAAUUACAGAGGCUUCAAGAAGCAGCGGGAGGAAAAAAACGGCGGGACAUUGUUGAAUGGAUGUACGCGGUACCAAAUGCAGAUGGUGAAAAGAAAUCAGAGUCUGAGAUGGAAGAAUAUCUACUUGGUCGGAAGCGUUUGGAUGAUCUUUUGAACGAAAAAACUGAAAAACAAAGCAAUGAUCUUAACAAAACUGAAUUUAUUGCUGUCCAAAACGCUAAUUCUGCUCAAGACAUUCAGACAAAAGUCCGGUUGGACCCACUUUUAGCAAUUAAAAAGAAAGAGCAAGAUCAACUACAGGCAGCUCUCCAACGGAAGCUUUACGAAAAGGCCAAAAAACAACGGCGAGAACGUGAUGAGUAUCGUGCACAUAGCAGUCACCGAAGUGUUAGUCACCGUUCGCGAAGCCGUGAUGAUGAGUUUUAUAAUGAGAAAAGACGUUCCAGCUCUCGGUCACCAGAGAGAGAACGUCGCCGAUUUGAUGAUCAGCGACACGGCCGUCAUCGUUCCUCUAGUCACAGAUAUGAAAGCAGUCGUUCAGGACACCGAGAUUAUUCGCACGCACGUGAAAGUUCACGACAUUACAGAGAAGAUGGGAGAAGAGAACAAGAACAAGAACGAGAACGUCGUUUGCAAGAAAUGCAAAACAACGCCAAACAAUUAGAGCAUUCUCGCUCAGAAAGAGUUCGUAUCUUGGAGGCCCAAGAGGCAUCAGAGCGUUUGCGACUAGCAGAGGAGCAUCGGGAAGCCUCUAAAUGGGACAAUCAAGGGGAGUUUAUACGCAAAAUGAAGCGAGACGUAUACUCUGGCGACAAUAUAAAGCUUGAAGAUCGUGUUCAACGGGGGAGACGGUCAUUCUUGAGAAACGCAUAACUUUCUUUUUCUAGUUUGAAUGGUAUGUAAUUGUAUUCUUAGUAAUUUAAGUGUUGUUAAAAAGAGCAA